AAUGUCCGUGUGUGGAUAGGUAACACCGUAACAACAACAAACUAAACCUGCGACUUGGACAGCUAAGGGAGUGAGAAUCGAAGCAAACCGCCACUGAGUGUGGGCGGUUCGUUACGAUGAUCCAAGCAACGCAUCUGGUGCUCAACAACGUUGCCGGUUGGUGUCUUCCUCUGUCAAUCUAGGGCUUUGGCUGUGGAGUGUCACAAGGUAGGUUUCUUCCAUGUUCGGGUGUUUCUGGAAGAACAACUUGUGUCUUCUCGUGCUCCUCUCAGGGUUACCACAGAAUUCAUUCACGUGUUGAAAUUGGAGGGCUAAAGUGUUCUUCUAGAGGUGCAUGUGCAUAUUUGUGUGUAGAUCAAGGAGGGGUCCUGGAUCUUCCUCCAGGCAAAACAAGAAUGGAUUUUCGAGAAGCAGGAAGUGGCUCAAUGACCGGAGACACAGCUUUGAGGACUUUGAAGAAGAUAUGUUAUCUUCGAAAAACGGUGCAUUGGGAUCUCAUUCUAGCACGCCAAAACACCAGGACAAUGUAGUCCCUAGGCCCAGAGAGAAGGAGGUUAUUGCACUAUUUAAGAAGGUUCAGGCUCGGCUACGAGAGAGAGCUACGAUUAAAGAAGAAAAGAAAGUUGAAGCCUCCCAAGGACAGAAUGGUUCUGUGGAUUCCCUCCUCAAGCUACUAAGGAAACACUCGGCUGAGCAAGUAAACAAAAGAAGUAAUGUAGGUGGCAGAGACAAAAAGAUAAGCUUGGAUCAGUUGCAAGAUGGUGAUCAAGAUCUAGAUAAUGAAAAUCAAAGCACCAAAUUUUCUGAUUUGGAUGGUACUCCAAAUAAUGAGGCUCAAGAAACCAACAUCUCUUUAGUAGCCAGGCCUCCAUCCAAUUUCCAGCGACGAUCUCCCGUUCCUCGGUUAAGGUAUCAGCCCGUUUCUUAUGUUGAUAAUGAUGACAAUGCAGUCCCCCUGAGUGAUGUGAUUAUAGAGAAAGUUCAGGAUCAAAUAGGUAUGAAGCUUGAUCCUGAGCCAGAACAUGAGUCUGAACAGGAACUUGAUCCAAAGGACGAGCUCUUCUUCCCUGAAAUGGGGAUUAAGGACAUGGCAGAGGAUAAUUCUCUUAAUUCCGAACAAAUCUAUGAUGAUGAACAUGGGGAGGACCAGCAAGUGGAACUACAUGAGGAUUUGAGUAUGCUUAAGCUGUCUGAAUUAAGGGUACUUGCAAAGUCUCGGGGUCUAAAAGGGUUUUCAAAAAUGAAGAAGGGUGUGCUCCUGGAGUUGCUAACUGGAAGGUGAUUUGGAUCAGCUAUAGGUUUGAGAAGCAAAAACAAGAGACAACAGAUUUUAUUUAUUAAUGUUUUUUACCUGUGAUCUGGUUUAUUCUUCCAAAUUGUUGAGGAUUUGUGGAUCAUUAGAAUAGAAUAACCAUGCUAUCCAAGCCUCGGAGGAUUUUGGAUUUGUAACUUUAUUCCCAUGAUGAGAUUUUUGAAAUUUUGUCACUGAUUAGAAUGUGUGCCAUUCCGUAUGUUCUUGCUUAA